GCGAAAUGGUUCAAUCUAUCGACGACGCUUUACCCCCUGUCUUUAGAAUUGACUGAACGCCAUAGAACAGGUUCAUUCACUUGUUACAGUUUUGUGUUAUCAUAAGGCUCAAUCAAGACCUGUUAAAAUGACAACGGUAACGGGUGCAUACAGACAGUAAAAAUAAACAAGAGACAACGUGAGGGACCGAUUGGCACGCUGUAGUGGGCAGUAUUUGCUUCACCAAGGAGCCUAUGGUUGAGGUAACGUAAUGUCACGCAUGAAGCUACUUUCGUUAUUUCCCUAACAAAACAAGCUAACGAAAUUCACCUUGCAGCUCAUUCCUGUAUGCUUAUUUGUCAAUGAAAAGGUAAUAACCAAAUGAAUACCAAGCGUGCCUGAUCUGCAUUUGCCACCUUAUAUUACAAUACGUCCCAUCUUCUCGAAAGCUAACGUUUAAAGCUAACGUUCUGGACCAGGAUCUCGCAGCAACAAAAAAAGCCAGCAGUACCACUAGCAGGGAUUGUAUCACGGCUAUCAACAUAUUACAUCAUCAUCAGCAUCCUUUGAAGCAUCUGGAUGCUCUCGCUGGGCGCUUUGCUAACUCCAACGGAACCCCUCCCCUCUGCACCCCUCCAUGCGCCCGAGCCAGCGGACGGCACCCGAUGAUCCUGACCGCUGGCUGCAGUGACAGCGCCGUCCGCCCAGACCAGGGAGAAACAGUCGCCGUGCGUAGGAGCUGCUCGGAGUCCUGGGAGACUGGCAGGACGGCCCGCCCCACCCUCUGACCCUUCGGCGUGUGAGAUGCCCUCUCUCCACGACAAUGGAGAGGAUCAAGGAACAUCCCCCGUGAAUCUCCCAUCCGCCCGGGCCUAUCAGAAUGAUGGAAAGAGGAAGGUCCGCUCCAAGAAGAAGAAGGGAAUCAUCACGGCCAACGUGGCAGGAACCAAAUAUGAAAUAGUGCGUGUCGUAAUUAAUGAGAUGGCUUUCCUGAAGACCCGGGACGAGGACGAAACAGCCAACCUCAUCUGGAGUGACUCGGCUGUUCAACAUGAAAAAAUCGCUGAGCUCAGGAACUACCAGAGAAUCAACCAUUUCCCUGGAAUGGGGGAAAUCUGCCGGAAAGACUGCUUGGCAAGAAACAUGUCCAAAAUGAUUAAAUUCCAGCCUCAGGAGUAUGGCUUCAUACCCAAGACCUGGAUCUUCCCUGCCGAGUACACCCAGUUCCAGAACUACGUGAAGGAGCUGCGGAGGAAGCGCAAGCAUAAGACAUUCAUCGUGAAGCCGGCUAACGGUGCCAUGGGUCACGGGAUCUCCUUGAUUCGCAACUGCGAAAAGCUUCCUAGUCAGGACCACUUCAUCGUGCAGGAGUACCUUGAGAAGCCCUUUCUGAUGGAAGGCUACAAGUUCGACCUGCGCAUCUACAUCCUGGUCACCUCCUGCGAUCCUCUGCGGAUCUUCCUGUACAACGACGGCCUGGUCCGGAUGGGGACAGAGAAGUACCACUCGCCCAGCGAAGCUAACUUGGACCAACUGUACAUGCACCUGACAAAUUACUCUGUCAACAAACACAACGAGAACUUUGAGAGAGAUGAGACCAUAGACAAAGGAAGCAAGAGAUCUGUUGGCUGGUUUUCCGAGUUCCUCCAAGCCAACAACUAUGACGUGGCCAAAUUCUGGAAUGAUGUAUCUGAACUGGUAGUGAAAACGCUCAUCGUGGCCGAGCCUCACGUCCUGCACGCCUACCGCAUGUGCCGCCCCGGACAGCCACCAGGGAGCGACAGCGUCUGCUUCGAGGUGCUCGGCUUCGACAUCAUCCUCGAUCGCAAGCUCAAGCCUUGGCUCUUAGAGAUGGAAAGUCCUCUCCCCAUACAAUACACAAGGUAAACUCGCUGUGUGUUUGGCUCUCUGUGUGUUAGUCCUCUCCCCAUACAAUACACAAGGUAAACUCGUUGUGUGUUUGGCUCUCUGUGUGGGUGUAUUUAUGUCAUUGUUACACACUGCAGAGGCUGUGAUCACAGCCAUGCAUCUAGUCACGCUUCUUUUUUUACAAGUUGUUUUCCUGUCUUGUUAUAGAGCAGGACUGCUUUGAUGACCAAACAAACUCAGUAGAAAAUUGUGACUUCAGGCCAAAUACAGUCUUAAGAUAUAAAAGUGACCUCAAAUCACCAUGGUAUUUUAAAAUAGAAGAACAAAAGGCAAAAGGCGUGAUGUUUUUCUCUGAGCUGGAGGAGAGACCAGGAAAACAAGAUCUAGUAAUUGCACUUGUGAACGGCAGGAUGAGGCUGGAUGGUUGGUGUUUUUGCGCAGUCCUGCUGUCGAGUGACCCAGGUGGCUGAAACACACCACACUGAGGCACCACAGAUAGACGCUCACGCUUAGAGAUUGCUGUGACAGGCACCGAAAUGUUGGAAGCAAUAUUCUCAUGAAUAAACUCACAAAGAGUAGCUGUCGUGAAAGAGAGAGAGAAAAGAGAGAGAAAGAAAGAAAGAAAGAAGGAGAAAGAAAGAAAGAAAGAAAAAAGAAUGUGAAGA